GAAGUCAAACCGUUUUCUAGCGAUCUCAUGACCGGUGAACGCACGUAACCCGUGUCAAUAUUCCGGAUUUAUUUGUUUUUUUAUUUUAAGUUUGACUCAGUUUUAAGACAAAUCGUCGUUUAAGGAAAGAAAAACUCCUGGAAAGUCAUUGGCCGGCCGUCGAGGGGCGGGGCGACAGAGACGUCAAAGGUCAGCUGAACCCGGAACGUCAACAAGGCAAACAAAGGCAAACAAAGGCAACGGCGGAGGAGUUCGAGUCCGCUAAUUCUUCCUCCGGUCCCCGCCGACAUGUUCUCCGUUUUACUGCCCGCAAACAGUUUGCUGGUGGCGGCUCUCAGCCUGCUGCUGAGCCGCCUGCCUUGCUCCUCUCUCUCGGCCCCGGACAUCCCGCACAUCGCUUCUUUCUUCGGGACCAAGACCAGGUACGAAGAGGUGAACCCGCACCUGCUGCGGGACGUCUCCUCCGUCAAUGCGUCCGUCUUAAAACUUCCGCCCACCGAGCGCUGCUCCCCGGUCCACCUGACCGCCGUCAUCAGGCACGGCAGCCGGUACCCGACCGUCAAGAACAUCCGCAGGAUCCAGAAACUGAGCGAGCUGGUCCGGAGAGAAUCUUCCAGAGGCUCCGCGGGCUCCGAGGACUGGCUGCGGGACAUUCAGAGCCGCUGGGAGAUGUGGUACACCGAGGACAUGGACGGUCAGCUGGUGAUGAAGGGCAGGGAUGACCUCCGUCAACUGGCGAGGCGACUGGCGGCCUUGUUUCCGUCUCUGCUGUCGGAGGAGAACAUCCGGAGGAGGAGGAUCAGUUUCCUGACCAGCUCGAAGCAUCGCUGUGUGAGCAGCGUGGAGGCGUUUCAGGAGGGUCUGCAGCAGCACCGGGGAGACCACGAGGUCGAGUACAGCCACGAGGUGGACGACGAGCUGAUGCGUUUCUUCGAGCGUUGCCGUGGUUACGUGGAGGGCGUGGAGAACAACCGCACGGCGCUGCUGGAGGUGGAGAAGUUCAAGCACGGGGAGGAGAUGGAGGGAGUGAGGAGGAGGAUGGCCGAGAGACUGGGCCUUCCUCAGCACCGCCUCACACCGGACCUGGUUGAAGCAGCGUUCUUCCUGUGUUCCUACGAGCUCUCCAUCAAAUCUCUUCACUCUCCGUGGUGUUUCCUGUUCGAUGAGAACGACGCCAAGGUGUUGGAGUACAAGUCGGACCUGAAGCAGUACUGGAAGCGUUCUCACGGCCACGUGAUCAGCAGUCUGUCCAGCUGUCCUCUCUUCCAUCAUGUCUUCAGGACGCUCGACAAAGCCGGACGUCCCCGCAGGUCCACUGAGGCGUCCCCUGAACCGGCCUCCAUCCUGGUGGGUCACGCCGAGACGCUCCUCCCCCUCCUCUCCCUGCUGGGACUCUACAAGGACCGGACUCCGCCCAGUGCCGACAACUACCGCUCGCAGCACGGUAGAAGUUUCCGGACCAGCCGGAUCGUACCCUACGCCGCCAACCUGCUCUUCGUCCUGUACGACUGCCAGCGGGGCCCCCGGCUGCAGCUUCUCAUCAACGAGUCUCCGGCUCGAUUCCCGGGACUGGAGGCGGAGGACGCCCCCCUGUACCGGGACGUCCGGGCCACGUACCGCCACCUGCUGGAUGGCUGCGACUUCCACAGGGAGUGCGAGGGGAGGACCAGAGGCCGGGGACCAAACACCGAACUCUGAGAGAUGAGAGGAAACAGGUACUCCGAUCCAGUGAAAACCAGUCCACCACAGAAUCCGGUUCAGGCAUAAAGACCUGAGUCCUUCCACCGCGGCCUUAAUCGGUGUAUUGAUCCGUGAACACUGGAAUCGGUUCCCUGCAACUUUUGUCUUUAGACUCGAAAAGAGUCGUUUGGAUUUUUUCAUUGAGCUGUCGGUAGGUUCGGACUCGCUCUGACCUCAGUGUUUACCGGAUCAAAACGGAGAUCGGCGGUUCCUGAAUAUUGAACCGAACCGACCGACGAAGCCCCGAGGAACGUGACCCCGAUGGCGUCCCACUCCGUGACUGAAUCCCGUCAGUUAGCUUUCCCUCCCGUCAGAAGCCGUGUGAGCACGUGGAGCGAUCUCCUCGGCUUCCCGCGCAGAAGUUUCACAGCUCGGUGACAUUUCACCGUGAGAGGAGCUGCGUGUGACACCGUAACUUCGGUGUGAAAAGACCGUAGUCAUUAAAACAGUCAAUGAAAACCGAUGAGUGUAGGUUUGCUUUUGCUGCCUUGCUCACGUUUCCUAAAUUUUAACAGUGGAUCUCAAACCAAACCAAGAUAUUUUAGUUCUGAAACCAGUUCAGUCCAUCGUCUGUUCUCUGAACUUCACUUGAGGACUAGUUUCACAUCUUGACAGGUUAAAAUCUGGUCUUAACACGGAGCCCGGAAGUGUUUGAUCUUAAAUUCGUAAAUGAGAUAUUAUGGGAUAAAAAUACAGGCAAACGCACUGUGAAAUAAUUGAAUGAUUAAAACUCCACUCAUCAUGUUACAGUUUAAUCGAGUUCAUUUUUCUUCUGUUUUUAUUUCGUUGUGGCUUUUCUUCCCAGUGACACUGGUUUGUUUGUAACCGUGUGUCAGUGCUGGGUUUUAAAAGCAUGUGGUGGAGAAACAUCCUCCUUCUGAAAAGAGUUUGAUUCAUUUCAGUCCAACUGACACGGAAACUCGCACCAGGUCUGUUUCCAUCCUCCUGUUUUUAUGAACAUUUUUCAUUUUUGGAUUGAAAAACCUGCGUGGAACCAAGGUUUUCCGUUUGUUUGAGGUGGAACAGCAGCUGUGGAUGAAACGGACCGAGCGAAUAAACUCUGACGUCCGUGAAGCGUGAAGACAGGAAACCAUCAGAUCUGUGAGGAGCCGUGAGGAGACUGGAACCUUCCUCACAUUAACACAUGGAACCAGCAGAAACGUCAGGUUUCCAUCACGUUCUCCACGUGGUUCUCCAUCGUCU